AAGUGAGAUCCAACACUCCAUGCCAAGCAUGGUAAAAGGAUUUCUUGUUUUCCUGCACCUUUCAUCCUUUUACAACCAUCACCAUGGCCACCGCAACUCCAAGGACGCUGGAUGAGUUUGUCUAUCGCUUGAUGGGAGAAGAGCCAUACAUGUCUCCACGGGAUCGAGUUCGGCAGCGUCGGAGGGAACGACAUCCCUUUGAACGAGAUCCCAAGACGUGGUAUCAACCAGUCUACCAAGCGCGCUUUCACCUAGCACGAAGAGCCACCAGAGCAGCAGUGGCAUCUCCUGCUACCAAGCCUCUUUCGAAUGAUACCAUCAAAUCUAUUUUCUGUCGAGAAGAAGUCUUGUCCUAUUUGUCGCCGCAAGGCAUCAUUUCGCUCUGGCAAAGUUGCAAAGCAUGUCAAAUACCCACACUCAAGCGGCGAAAGGACAUGAUGUUACAGAGUGUCUUUCAAUAUUUGCGCAUUUCACUAGAAGCAGCCCAAUUUGUACAAGAUACCUAUGAGGGCGGCUGGAAUACCUUUUUACCCCGUUUGGUCUCCCUCUGUAACUAUUUGGCACACAAGGUGUAUGGGCCGUUGUUGGAACCGGAUCUGGCCCAUCGUGUCUAUGUGGCGGAACAAGCAUGUUUUUAUGGCGUCAGAAGAUCCAAUCGAUGUCGAAUGGGGGCAUUGGCAGCAUACGAAUCCAACCACCAGAUUGAAAAGGCGCGGAGUGCGGGCCAGAUCCGGUUUGGGUAUGAGAGCGAAGACGAGGAAGAAGAACGGGAAGCAAACAAUCCACAGCCACGACCACCCCAAGCCGUCCCAUCCCUCCACGACCUCGUUCGGAUUAAUGCGAGACAAAUUGCUUGGGGUCACCCCGAGUUUAUCAAUGGCUACGAUCAAGUUGUUGCCGGUUGGUUAGAAGAGAAUCGGCAAUGGAUGCAAGCUGAAGUAUCCUCCGAGUUGCAAGCUGGUAGAAAGAUUUUCAACAACCAGUGUUCCAAAAUAACAUUAAAAACAAACGAGGACAAGGGUGGAUCAGAGGAGGAACCCGCCAAAAAGAAACGGGCUACUGCUGCUUCGGGUCCUCUACAAUAUCUGGCAGAAAAUGAAAACGUCCGACGUCGUCUCGUGGAUGGCUUGCACCCGGCCAUUUGGUUAUCCUAUGAUGAUGGCCAUCGGGCAGAACUUUUGGAAACGCAUGUCACCGUAGGACCCGAGCUGCAACAGAUCAUUGGGACUGUCUCGACGCAUCACGAGUUUUCGCAGGAUGAACAACCGGGCAGGACGAAGGCAACCUUUGAGACUUGCUUCUUUUCGGAUGCAACGAGGGGUACUGAUUUUCCCGGUGGCAUUGUAGGAUACUUGAUUGGAAGCCCAUGUUACCCAGAAUCAUGGUCCGACCGCACGGUGACCAUGGGCAUGUGUAUCUGGUGCAUGCGGCACCGCAUUGCGCCCUUUGACAAUCCGUCCAUCGACUGGGAGCGCCUCAUUGACGCUGUGGUAGACUCGGAAGCUAGCAAUCGAUUCUCCGUUUUCGGAGAGCCUGGUUUCUACAAGGAAGCCUUGAAAGCGGAGGUCUUUGGACCUGCAACUCCUUCCGAGUUCCUGGCAAGACUUCUAUAGAUUUAGAUGAUACCAUAGAUCUGUUCUUAAUCAAAUGCUAGUAGUUGCGGUAUUGACUGGCUGA